AGACAACGAAUUGUAGCAAGCAUGGACGAGCGCAACCUGACGUCGCAGCAGAAGGAUGAGAUCAUCGCACAAGUGCGCAUGGAAGUCCAGCAGCAGGCCAUGCAGGAGCUGACCAAGGCGCUCCAGGAGAAGUGCUUUAACAAGUGCAUUACGCGCCCGCAGGACCGCCUCGACAACAAGCAGCAGCAGUGCCUCUCGCUCUGCGUCGAGCGAUACAUUGACACGAUGAAGAUUGUGUCGGGUGCCAUUCAGCAGCGCGGCCAGCGGGGCUAAGCCGCCGAUCCUUCGGGAAGACCACACGACGACAGCCUGUACUUGUGCCCGGCAACGUUCAACUACACAACCCAACAUCGUUCCCGAUAAUGGCUGCGUCGUAAUCUACGAUCUACUUGAGUACGCCC